AUGCGAACAAUAACAAGUUUACAGACGAGUGGCGGAACGGCAGAGAUGUUGGCGGUUGUGUUGCAGCCGGAUGGUACGAGGCCCGGUAUGGAGGGGUGUGUGCCGAGGAUGGUCCGCUUUGUUACAAGACCAGAUACGGACGAGGGCACAUCCUUGAGUUCGGCGGUGUAUGCGGCGGCGGUUGCGCCGAAGGCCGUAUUUGAUGCCUUGAAGGGUAAGAACGAGCCGCAUGGCGUUUCGGGAGAGCUCGAAGAGAUUCCGUUAAAGGAGCGAAAGGCGUUCGAUUGGUUCAACGAGUUCAACCGUCUGAAGUUCUACCUGCCAAUGGAGUGGGCAGCGUCCAAGGCGGCGGCCAAGGCGGCGGCCAAGGCGGCGGCGGACGCAGGGGCGGCGGACGCAGGGGCGGCGGACGCAGGGGCGGCGGACGUGGGGACGGCGGACAUGGGGACGGCGGACAUGGGGACGGCGGACGUGGACGUGGAGGCCGGGGUGGACCAGACCGAGGUGCUGCCACAACCAGAGCCCAUUUCCCGAGCAGAAGUGCUUGUGUUUAACGAGUUGAUGAGGCGCCUGACCGAUAUGAAGCUUGAUGACACUCAGCCCGAGGCCUGCGGCAGCUUGCUUGACGAAAUAUUUGGUGCUCAACGAGCUGAGAUGAUGGAACGAGACAACAGCAAUGAUGCCGUAACCGUGGAGUAUUGCGGCCCGCUGGACAGCGAACAGGUCCGGAACCUCCUGAGUAACUCAUCCCGCGAAUGGAGGAACCUCUUCCAACAGGAUCCCUUCGCUAUUUCUAACGAUUGCGCUAUGCGUUGGAGAAUUGGUCUCCUCAGCGGCGCCCUUACCGUCCUCGCUGGGGUCUGGAUAACUGGGAAGUAUCGCGGCUGGGACAAGACUAAGGCUCCCAGAUUGGCGGACAACACCACUCUGGACCGCUCGCUAAACAAUCUCACACUGACCACGGCACACGAUCAAGCAUCGCUAGCCGACAACACGUCUAGCAUGCCUGAUAUUAUCAUUGGGGCAACCGAUCUCUCAUCUGUCGAACAAGCAUACCAAACGGUGACGGAUGCUCUUAGACCGUUAUUUGCCAAACGCUCUUCCGCCGUCUCUUCCCCUCUCCCAUACACAAUGCGUAUCGAACGAAUAGGUGGUGAACACUCGACGAAUGCCACGGUCAGUAACUACCCCUCUGUUGCCAUACAGCCUGCGGUCACGCAGUCUUGGGAUUUUAUUGUUGAUACGGAUGCGGCUAGCCUCACGCUCAACUCUACUAACCUCAGUGCAACCAUGCAGAGUGCAAUCUCGCAGAGCACAACCCCGAGACUUGAACGGUCGAUCUCAGAAGGAAAGAUGGCUGACAACGCGACCAGCUCUGCGACUGGAACUACAAGUGCCGCACCCCUGUAG